CCCCUUUUCAUGUAGCUAGACCCAAAUCUUUGGUUGCUGUUGUCAUCUUUAGCUGCAAAAGAUGGACCAAAAGAUGGACACAGACAGCCUUGAAAUGCGCCUUCAGGCGUUGGAGAGUCGAUUAUACGGCGAGAGGAGAAACAAAAGUGGAAAACCCGUUAAGUGUGCUGAAUCUUUGGCCAGAAUUCAAGCUGGUUUGACCAACACAGCUAACAAGAGAGAGAGAGUAAAGAUCCUCCACAAGAAGAUUGAGGACCUGAUGAAGUACCUGGACCCCCAGUUUACUGACCACAUCACUCUGCCUGAUGCCAUGAAACUAGAGUUCAUCCUUGCAGAGGAAGACUCCUUGCUCUCGGAAGCUGCUUUGUUGGAGCAAGUUAACAGUUUGCAGCCACUGUUGGACAGCACCCACAUUAGAGAUGUACCUGAACAUGCGACAAAGCUGCAGCGUCUUUCACAGAUCCACAUCAAGCAACAGGACCAAACUGAAGCUCAGUCGCUGGAAGUUAAGAAGCUUUUUGAGGAAUACAACAAAAUGAUGUUCCUGCUGUCCAAGCAGUUCACCCAGUGGGAUGAGACCCUGAGGAAGGCGGAGGAGGCCAAAGGAAUCCGACCGGUGGAGUAGUUGCUCUGAACAAAGCCGGACAGAUGACGACAGCGAUGAUGAAGAACCCUGCACUAUGAAAGGAGCUCCUGAACAGACAUGUUACAUUAUGUAGCUUAUUCCAUCCCAGUUAGUCAGAAGGAAAAAACUCAAAAU